AUGCAACCUCAACACCAGUACAGCCAAGGCCCGCCUGGAUAUCCGUAUGGAUACCCUACCGGAGUCCCCUCGCAAAUUCCCGCUUCUUCUUCAAUGAACCCUGGAAUGGUGCCUUCGACGCUGCAGCUUCCAGGUGAGUUCAGCACCAACCCCGCCAUGCAGAUGAGACUAACCCCUCUAGCCAUGUCGUCAGGUGCAUCCGCGUCAUCGCUACCCGGUUCGCAGAGCUAUCAGUCUCAGACUUUCGAUCACACCGGCCAAGUCGCUCCACCAGGAAUGAAGCCUCGUGUGACUGCCACACUGUGGGAAGACGAGGGCAGUCUGUGCUUUCAGGUAGAAGCGAAGGGCGUAUGCGUUGCUCGCCGUGAGGACAAUCACAUGAUCAACGGAACGAAGCUUUUGAAUGUCGCGGGAAUGACGCGUGGUCGUCGAGACGGCAUACUGAAGAGCGAAAAGACGCGCCACGUUGUUAAGAUUGGUCCAAUGCAUCUCAAGGGUGUUUGGAUUCCUUUUGAGCGGGCUCUUGAGUUUGCCAACAAGGAGAAAAUCACAGAGCAGCUGUAUCCUCUGUUCGUUCACGACAUUGGAGCACUGCUUUAUCACCCCUCGAACCAGACGAGGGCAAGUACACAUCAGCGAUACCUGUCCGGACCAGCGGCAUCGCAACCUCCAUCGCUCCAUCAUCACCACUCCAUGAGCAACCCUAUUGGUGCUGCUAUGUCUCAGCCGCCGCAUGCUAUCCAGCCGCACCCCUCCUCAGGUCGCCCAGGUAUCGACCGAGCUCACACAUUCCCCACUCCUCCCACAAGUGCCUCAAGCAUCAUGGGCAUGGGCAACCAAGGUAGCUCCUAUGAAUGGAACGGUCAGAAUGCCCAAGGCGGUCAACCUUUGUCAAUUGACACAGGACUGAGCAACACCCGCUCUGUACCAACUACACCUGCAAGCACGCCUCCUGGAGCUGUUCAGCAGGGAAUGUCCUACGCUUCCGGUCAGAGUUUCGAUGGUUCCAGACCCUUGUACUCAGGACCGCCCUCGCAACCAGGUCAGUACGCGCAGGGACAGCCUAUGAUGGCAUACCGUCAAGAUGGCUCCUACCCAAAGACAGAGAUGGCACCACCAUCCCGCAUCAGCGAUGUGCCAGAUGAGGGUGACGUGAAACCAGCGGAUGGCAUGAUGCCACAGGGCAGUGAACAGGUGGCUCCUCCUCAGGCUGGAAGCGAGGGAGAACACGACCACGACAAUGAGUACACACACUCUAGUGCUCCAUACAACGGAAACAGAGGUCCGUAUGGAUACACCUCCAAUGGUGCACCUGGGGCCAUGCACCCCGAUCACGCCCACCUGUCUCCAGAAAUGACGGGAUCACCUCACCAAAACGGGUCCGGACGAGCCACGCCUCGGACAUCAGCCACAGGACAACCCCAGUGGAACUCGGGCUACCCUACGCCGCAGCGUCAGGCACCACCGUCGAGUAACCUCUACAAUGUCAUGAGUGAUCCCCGAGGUGGACCUAACGGCAAUGCCGCUCACGAUGCUUACCAGGGUCCUGGUGCCGUAUCACAGUAUCCCACUCAAGGGUAUCCUCCUUCAAACGGUGUGAACAACUCUGGCAAACGUGGUCGCGAUGACGAAGACCAGGACCCAUACCGCCCCGACAGCGUCCAAGGUGAUGACAUGGGUGGCCUCAAGAGACGCAAGACAAUGGAAGGUGGCGCAGUUGGCGGAAACUACGCUGAUCCUAACCCCGGCAUUCAGCGUGCGCAUACCAUGACAGCUCAACGUGCCAGACGGUAA